AUGGUCAAUUUAAGGUAUUCGGGAGCGACCCGAUGUGGAGGAACCUUAAUUGCCAAACGAUGGAUACUCACAGCUGCUCAUUGUGUGUUUGGAGUAGCAGAAUCUACUCUAUCGGUCAUUAUGGGAUUGGAUCGAUUGAGUGAAUGUAGUGAUUCGUCGUUAUCACCAUCUUCCUCUAGUAAGAAUUGUGUGUAUGGAUUGGUGAAACAAAUUCAUAUUCAUCCUCGAUACGAUGACAACUUGUUUGUGAAUGACAUUUCCCUUAUUGAACUCGAAAAUGAAAUUCCUUAUUCGAGUACGGUCCAACCAAUUGUCAUUCUCAAUUCGAUGCCAAAUAUUGGAGACAUGCAUCUUGUGGCAGGAUGGGGAUACACUUCAUCGAAGGAUCAAGUUUCAGAUUCUCUUCAGAAAGCACAUGUACCCUAUGUCGCUGAUUCAAAUUGUAUUCAAUUGCUUCUUCAAAUGAGCAGUGCAGCAGGCCAAAUGUGUGCUGGAGCUGGUCAAGGUGUGGACACCUGCAGUGGCGAUUCUGGAGGACCGCUGUUCAUGAAUUUAUCUGGUCUCUAUGCUCAAACAGGAUUAACAAGGUUGGUUCUUUCUAUGAUCAUGCAAUCUUUUUGA